AUGUCUCACGCUCGCCGGCAGAGUGGAUUAUGGGAACGCAACGAAGACGGCUUCUUCCAACAAUCCCCGCUGCCUUCGGCCAAGAUUGCCGUCUCCGGCGCAUACCUCCCUGAAUCAUCUCCUCCCUCUGGACCCUACAGCUAUUAUCAACCUCCCCAACAGCAGGAGAAGAGAAGGACAUUCUCCGAUCGCACUGUCGAAGAGCAAAUCACACCUGAGAAUAUGGUCACUCCAUCCAGUCGUCCUCCUUUGACCAUUGAUCCGGACUACACCCCUCCCUCGAAUCUGCGAACCCAAGCUUGGUCUCCUUCACCUGGAGGCGUCGUCUCUCCACGCACCCAGCAGCCACAACUUCAGGAGAAGAGUAGAAAGGACAGCAAUGCGGGUAAUAAGUCUGGAGUUACGAGAAGGGGAUCAGUGCCGGAUCGCAGUCCGCUGCAGAAUCUGGAGACAUGGAGCAAGGACGAGAAGAGGGCAAGGGCUGAAUUGGCUGAAGGGAAGCUGAAGAGUUCGAGUCAGAGGGAGAAUAAGAGGGUUGUGAGUGAGGGCGAUGAGGAAAUUAGCAGGAAUGGUAGCAACGGCCAAGAAAGGCAGAGACGUGUGUCGGGUCCGCCGAGUCUGGGAUAUCGCAAGGCCGUUGGCAGUGGGGAGAAACCAAACCAAGCAAGACCGUACGAUCGUGGGCCAGACCAGCAGCAAGCUGUGAGAGAUUCAACGGAUUCUGCAGAUCUGGGACGAUCCGUGAGUGGGAAAUACAAGCGACGAUCGAGAGAUGCUGGCUACGCGGGUGCUGCCGAUGCUGCUGCUACGGCUCCCACCAUUUCUAAUACCUACGGUGGAGCGGCGGAUAGAGGGAAGGCGGUAUACGAGCGGCGGAAAAGCCAGGUCCAAUCUGCCAACAAUGGAAACCCAAUCAGCCCGCCGCAUUCGAGGGAGAACAAUACUGUGCAAAGCGGGGAUCAGGCGAUGCGGCGCAGUGGGGAAAAUGGCGCAUAUGCUGGCGAAGUAAAGAGCACUCUCCUGCCCAAGGAGAAGCUCAAGACGGCCAAGGAUGUACCCGUUAACUACACUCUUCCGCCCCAGACAGUUGCUGGGCAGCAGGCUAGUAAGCAGGUCGGCUUUGACGAAGACAAGCAUCAUCGUCGACUUGGAGGCAUCUUCCAUCGCGAAGGACACCAACAUCGAAGCUAUCAAUCUUCGGAAAAGCCUUCAGAGGACUGGCGAAAGGCAAAGACUGGAAAGCUGACGGUUGACGACCUCGAUCUUGAGGGUGCUGUCAGAGCUGCGCAGAAACCACAGAAACCCAAUGACGCCGCUGCAGCCGCUGCGUGGUGGGAGAAAGAUCAGCGGUCUCGCCGUGUCAGUUCUGGCAGUGCUUCAAAGCCCUCUCCUCGCGCCAGCAUCCCUCAAGUUGAUGGACCUUAUGAGGAGCAGGCUAAUGGCUUCAAACCUCGCAUGUUCCUCAAGUGCGGUCCGCUCCUACGAUACACCGGCAUGCGAAGAGAAGCUGCGAGAGAUGGAGGCGAGAAGGAAACAUGGCGCGGUAGCGUGAUGAUACUCACCGAGGAUGCCCAUUCCGAUCUUUCUGCCGCGCCGGUCCUGAGGAUGUUUCGGCAGGAUAUGGAUCUGCACAAACCUCCUCCGAGACAUUUGGUGGAAGCUGGAAACGUCGCUCCCGAUGACGAAGACCCUGUUGCGGGACAAGUCAAGCUCAGUAGAACGGGCAGAGCACUGUAUGUCCGCCCCGUACAUGACAUCGACGGUGGAGUGGAUCUCAGUCGGGAAGAGAACAACCAAGGACUCUACUCUGCAACACGGACAAGCGUGCUCGGCCCUCAGGGAAACCCCGUCAAUUCUGCCGCACGCCCGCAUAUCUCCUUCCAGGACAAAUCACGCAUUCGCGCCCGCGACGGCGAGAAGCUUGGUCGAUAUCGAGAGGUCAAAGCCACGCGCCUUCACUCCGAACGCGGCCAUACUUUCUGGCGCUUCAACCUUGAGGUGGAACUUGCUAGCGUACAAACAAGAGUUGCCUACCGCAUUAACAAGGGUCCUGCUGUGGCUUUUUGGGUUCCUGCUCGAGGAGAGACCAUGAACGUAAUGUUCCACUCUUGUAACGGCUUCUCCAUGAGUGUCGACUCCAACACAUUCUCCGGUCCAGAUCCGCUAUGGAGAGAUGUCCUGAAUCGUCACCAAGCGAAACCUUUUCAUGUGAUGCUCGGUGGCGGUGAYCAGAUCUAUAACGAUACCGUUACGAGGGAUACGACGCUGUUCAGAGACUGGCUGCAGACUAAGAAUCCCGAGACAAAACAUCAUGCCGAAUUCACAGAGGAGAUGCAGGAUGAAUUGGAGGAGUUCUAUCUUGAACGGUACGCUAUGUGGUUCUCACAAGGGUUGUUCGGGAUGGCCGCAGGACAGGUACCUAUGGUGAACAUCUGGGACGAUCAUGAUAUCAUUGAUGGGUUUGGAAGUUAUCCGCAUCACUUUCAGGCAUCCCGCGUCUUCACCGGCCUGGGCGCCAUUGCGCACAAAUACUACUUACUCUUCCAGCACCAGUCCAUCGCCUCCGAAACCGAAAAGGACGAGCCCAGUUGGCUUUUAGGGCAAUCUCCAGGCCCGUACAUCAAUCAAGUCAGUCGCAGUGUCUUCCUCUCUCUGGGCAAGAGGAUGUCGCUCCUGGGCUUGGACUGCAGGACUGAGAGAAUGCGCGACGAAAUCUUCUCCCAGGAGACCUAUGAUAUUAUCUUCGAUCGCUGUCGACGGGAAAUCAUCAACGGAGAGACGAAACAUUUGCUUGUGCUUCUCGGCGUACCAAUCGCUUACCCUCGUCUUAACUUCCUGGAGAAUAUGUUAACAAGCCGGGUUAUGGAUCCGAUCAAAGCUCUCGGCCGGACUGGAAUGCUUGGCGGGUUUGUGAACAAAUUUGACGGCGGAGUCGAGAUCCUGGAUGAUCUAGAUGAUCACUGGACUGCUAAGCAUCACAAAGCUGAACGGAACUGGUUCAUCCAAGAGCUCCAAGAGCUGGCUCGGGAAAAGAGCGUGAGAGUGACGAUUCUAGGAGGAGAUGUUCAUCUCGCUGCCAUCGGGCGCUUCUUCUCCAAGCCCGAGGUUGGGUUGGGAAGAGAUCGGGACUGGAGGUACAUGCCAAACGUGGUGAGUUCUGCGAUUGUGAACACACCGCCGCCGGUCAUGUUGGCAGAUGUAUUGAACAAGAGGAACAAAAUCCACUGGUUGGAUGAGGCGACUGGAGAGGAUAUGAUUCCGAUUUUUAAGGAGGACGUUGAUGGGACUAAGAGGAACAACAAUUGCCUGCUUCCGCGGAGGAACUUUUGCGUGCUUGGAGAAUACGUCCCUGGACAGACCCCACCGAGUAGUCCUGGGGUGGGAGGAGAUUCUGGUGCUGGAAAUGGAGAAAGGGAAAACAAGAAGAAGUUCCCGCCUGGAAGCAUGAAGCGCACCAUGAGUCUCACCCGUGGCCCUAUCAAUCUGGUUCGGAGACUCAGUGGAUCGUCUAAGCKACGUCCGUCCAUCUCCCGCCCUAGUAUGGAUUCUCAGCAAAAUCGACMGGUGUUUGAUGGCGUUCAGAGAGCAAAUUCGCUAGGUUCCCAUCCUCCUGACGGCUAUGGCUUCCCACCCCGACAAGUUCCGCCUCCAUCUAUGCCACAAUCGCGAGGAGGAGAUGAAAUGCAAAUGGAACGUCGACCCUCAUAUCAUCGCCGUCCGACAGAUCUGACGGAGAGAGAUGCCAGGAAAGCUGCGGAGCGGAUUGGUGUUGAUGGCAAUCUUGAUGGAAGGGCUCCCGGUGAGAUCUCUCUUGAAGGUGGUUUGGACGUUUGUCUUUGCGUUGAGAGAGAUCAGAAGAACCCUAUUGGUGAAACUAUAGGGUAUCGGUUAUUGGUACCGGCCUUGUGGUGUGAACCCGGUGUCAAGGGAGAGGGCGAGGGCGAGUUGCAGAGAUUCUCGAGUCAUCGAAAGAGUUUGCUGGAGAGGUUGAAGUUUAACCGGAAGAGAGAGGAGAGGGUCAGUACCGUUGGCGGUGCGGAGUAUAAUGAUGAGGAGAGCGACAGCGACGGAGAAGAUGACGGUGCCCAAGCAAGACAACAUGCGGAAAGACAACAUGCGGAUGAUCAGACGCAACCGCCGCAAACGCAAAGCCGACAACAGCCUGCUCAAUAUCAGCUUUUUCCCCCUACUAGCACUUCUGCUGGCCAGCCACCAUCCCGCUACGCGCAACCGAAACCGCAGACACAACAGUACUUUCAACAGCCGAACCAACAGCAGCAGCCUAUCCUCUCCACUGCGCAGAGGAGUAGCAGGGACAAUCCCUCUUCAGCCGCGAACUCCAUGGGUCUUUCGAAUACAGGUCGCGGCGCAAUGACCGCUCUGCCAAAACGCUCUACUUCCGGCAACGCAGCUGUCCAGUCAGGCAGCACUCCAUCAGUGAGAAGUAAAACUGCACCGAGAGUUUCCAUGGAUGGAUACGCUCGUCCUAACACUACAGAGUUUGAAGACCAAGAUCAUGCACACGCCUGGUCAAAGGGCUUUGCGGGUGGAGGACCACCCAUCGGCGGGCACAACAGUUCUAUCUCUUCACAGCAGGCAGGAAAAAACGGCGAGUAUCCAAAGAGCGGAUACCGAAGAGCUAGUGGUUCUCAAUCACAACCCCAACAGUGGCAGGAACAGGAAGGAGAUCAUCAUGUAUUGGCACAGCAAGCCAAUGGACGAGGAGGUCAGGAAACUGUAGGAAGGAAAGUUAGUGGGGGGUUACCUUUGAGUAGUGUUCCGCGGGACGGAGAGGAGUUUGAGGAUUUCUAUAGUAGUUUUAGCGAGGAGUCUGGGGAUGAGGGUGUCGGGACGGGAAUGCGGAGGAGAGGUAGCGAGAGAAAGGCGGAUAGAUUUUUUGGAAUUGGUGGUAGAGCGAAGGAAGAGGAUGGUGGGAGUGGGAAGAAGAAGUGGAUGAUUUGGAAGUAG